AUGGACCCCCGCCUGCCCCUCCCCACACUCACGCUGCCGCCCAUCCCCGACCCCACCGACUGGGACGCCACACUCCUCCCCCUCCUGCACCCGCUCGACGCCGCGCUGCGCUGCCAGAUCUGCAAAGACUUCUUCACGGCGCCCGUGCUCACAAACUGCCAGCACACGUUCUGCUCCGAGUGCAUCCGCCGCGCGCUGCACGCCGACAGCGCGUGCCCGCUGUGCCGCGCGCCAGAGCAGGAGUACCGCCUGCGCAAGAACCAGGUCGUGGGCGACCUGGUGGAUGCGUUUGUGGCGGCGAGGGGCGGCGUGCUGGAGCUGGCGAGGAGGGGGGUGCGGGGCGGGGAGGAUGGCGGGGAGGAUGAGGAGGGGUGGGGGGGAAGGAGGAGGAAGAGACGGUGUGUGCUGAGGGCGGAGCAGCAGGAGGAGGAGGAGGUGGGGGUAGGGGUGAAGGAGGAGGAGGAGGAGGAGGUUGUGGAGGUCCCGUCACCGGACGACGGCCUCGUCCCCUGCCCAUCAUGCAACAGGCGCCUCAAGCUCGAAUCCGUCAACACGCACCUCGACGUCUGCCUCACCACCCCCAGCACCCUCACCUCCUCCUCCUCCAGCACCCCCGCCCCCACCACCGCCGCCCGCCGCCCCGCACCCCUCCCAAAGAUAACCUACUCCCUCAUGAAAGAGAAGGACCUGCGCACCAAGCUCACCGCGCUCGGCAUCCCAUCGACGGGCGGGCGCAAGGCGCUGCAGGAGCGCCACAGCGAGUGGGUGACCAUCUGGAACGCCAACAUUGACGCGAAGCGGCCGCGCAGCAAGGGCGAGCUUUUGGCGGACCUGGCGGCCUGGGAGCGCGCGAAUGCACGCCCGAGUAAUCAGAUUGUGAAGGGGCGGUGGAGCGACGAGAGGUGGGGGGAGGAGCAUAGGCCGCAUUAUAGGAGGCUGGUGGAGGAGGCAAGGAUGAGGAGGGGGCAGGCGGCGCCGGUGAAGGCGGAGGUGGAUGGUGAGGGUGAGGGGGAGAAUGGGGGUGAAAGUAGUGGGAGUGGGGGGAAUGGUGAGAAUGGGGGAGGUGGGGUGUUGACGAUGGUUGCGGUGGGGAGAGGGGAGGUGCCGGAGGUGUUUGGCAAUGGGGUGGGGGAUCGGGACGUUAUGGGUCCGGAUGCCCAGAUUAAUGGGAAGAGGAAGUACCAGGAGAUAGAUAGCACCGCCAGUAGCAGUAGCAGUAGCCAUACCCCCAAUGCCCCAGCAGUGACUGAUGCGGUACAAUAA